AUGAGUCAACAGGGUUAUGUUGCUGCACCCCCAUACUCCCAGGCCCAGCCAGGGAUGGGGGGCUACCAAGGUGGAUUUGGUACCGGUCCUGCUCAGCCUCUCUAUGGGCACUAUGGGGGACCGCCUCAAGCGUUCAAUGCUCCACCAGCAGGUAUGAUGAAAUCACCAGUUUCCUCUGCUGCCGGUAUGCCUCCACCUCCAGUGUCCACUCAGUACAAUCCAAAUGUCCAGCAGAAUGGCGCACAUCCACAAAGAUAUCCUGCUCCACCAGCUGUUUCUGCAUCUUAUGGACGACCUCCACAGUCCCAGUACAACAAUAUGGCUUCUCCGGCCCCGCCUCCAACGCAGCAGCUCACUAAUCAGAUGAGUGCUAUGAACAUGGGCAACUACGCUCCAGGUCCCAUGCAGAGCCCUUCUCCUGCAAGCUCUGUAGCUCAGCAGCCUUUCCAAACACCCCCUCCUCCAGCAAUGGGCCAGCCACAGAUGCCUCCAGGCCCGCAGUCACCUCACAUGUCUCCCCAGAUGUCUCCACCACAGUCACCCCCAGCAAGCAUGUCAAUGGCAGGCCCACAGAUGGCAGGCCCGCCAAUGGCAGGCCCACCGAUGUCAAGCCCACCGAUGGCAGGCCCACCGAUGUCAAGCCCACCGAUGGCUGGUCCACCUAUGGGAGGCCCACCUAUGGCAGGCAUGGGUAGACCCUUCCCUGGGCCUCCGGGCCCUGGAGGUUUCCAGCAGCCUGGUCCUGGAGCUGCUGGUCCACCAGGAUACCCACAGCAAGGAGGUCAGUUCGGGGGACACAUGGCUGGGCCCCAGCCAGGCAUGCCAGGAGCCUUCCCUGGAGCACCAGGAGGACUGGCUGGACCACCUCAGAAGAAACUGGACCCUGACUCUAUCCCCAGCAUAACUCAAGUCAUUGAGGAUGACCGAGUCAAACAAGGGGGACAGGUCUACAGCACAAACAUCAGAGGACAAGUUCCACCUCUGGUCACCACCGACUUCACAGCAGAGGACCAAGGCAACGCCAGUCCCAGGUUCAUGCGCUGCACCACCUACUCCCUACCCUGCACUGCCGAUCUGGCCAAACAGUGCCAAGUGCCCCUGGCUUCCAUCAUUAAACCCUUUGCCAGUUUGCCAAAGAAUGAGACUCCUCUAUAUGUUGUGAACCACGGCGAGACAGGCCCAAUCCGCUGCAAUCGAUGCAAGGCCUACAUGUGUCCCUACAUGCAGUUUAUUGAUGGGGGUCGUCGCUACCAGUGUGGCUUCUGUAACUGCACCAGUGAAGUGCCAGUCUACUAUUUCCAACACCUUGACCACAUGGGCCGGAGGGUGGACUUCUAUGAGAAGCCCGAGCUGUCACUGGGAUCCUACGAGUUCGUAGCCACCCUUGACUACUGCAAGAACAACAAGCCUCCGAACCCUCCCGCCUACAUUUUUAUGAUUGACGUGUCCUACAACAACAUCAAAAGCGGACUGGUCAAACUGAUCUGUGAUGAGCUGAAGACUCUGCUGGAGAAUCUGCCCAGAGAGGAUGGUAUGGAGAGCUCUGCCAUCAAGGUUGGCUUCGUCACCUACAACAAGGUCCUCCACUUCUACAACGUGAAGAGCGCUUUGGCCCAGCCCCAGAUGAUGGUGGUUUCAGACACAGCCGAGAUGUUUGUCCCGCUGCUUGAUGGCUUCCUCGUCAACUAUCAGGACUCCAGGGCUGUUAUCUACAACCUCCUGGACCAGAUCCCUGAUAUGUUUGCAGACACCAAUGAGAGUGAAACGGUCUUUGCUCCUGUCAUCCAGGCCGGCAUGGAGGCAUUCAAGGCAGCAGAAUGCAGUGGGAAGCUCUUCAUCUUCCACUCCUCCAUGCCCACCGCCGAGGCCCCUGGCAAACUGAAGAACAGGGAUGACAAAAAGCUGGUCAACACGGAGAAAGAGAAAACCCUGUUCCAGCCUCAGAAAGGAGUGUACGAGCAGCUGUCUAAGGACUGUGUGGCGCAGGGCUGCUGUGUGGAUCUCUUCCUCUUUCCUAGCCAGUACGUAGACGUUGCAACCAUGGCUGACGUGCCCUCGCACACCGGAGGCUCCGUCUACAAGUACAACAACUUCCAGGUGGAGACUGACGGGGAGCAUUUCCUGAGAGACCUGAGAAAAGACGUGCAGAAGAGCAUCGGAUUUGAUGCAGUCAUGCGCGUUCGUACCAGUACAGGUUUCAGAGCCACCGAGUUCUUUGGUGCCAUCCAUAUGAACAACACCACAGAUAUAGAGAUGGCAGCUGUGGAUUGUGACAAGGCUGUGACUGUAGAGUUCAAGCAUGACGACACGCUCAGUGAGGAGACUGGGGCACUCAUACAGUGUGCCUUGCUGUACACCACCAUCAGUGGACAGCGACGCCUCCGCAUCCACAACCUCAGUCUGAACUGCAGCUCGCAGUUGUCAGAGCUGUACAAGAGCUGCGAGACCGACUCACUCGUCAACUUCUUCGCCAAAUCAGCCUGCCGCGCCAUACUGAACCAGCCUUUAAAGAAUGUGAGAGAGAUCCUGGUCAACCAGACAGCACACAUGCUGGCCUGCUACAGGAAGAACUGUGCCAGCCCCUCCGCUGCCAGCCAGCUGAUCCUGCCUGAUGCCAUGAAAGUGUUCCCCGUCUACAUGAACAGCCUGAUGAAAGUUGCUCCCUUGGUCGGCAGCACAGAGCUCGCAACAGAUGACAGAGCCCAUCAAAGGCUGUCCAUCAUGGGCAUGGGGGUGGAGGACACACAGCUGCUGCUCUACCCACGCCUCACCCCACUGCACAACAUUGAUGUCGGCAGCGAGGCUCUACCCACUCAAGUGCGCUGCUCAGAGGAGCGUCUGACAGACUCCGGCAUGUUCCUGCUGGAGAACGGACACUCUAUGUUUCUGUGGCUGGGCCAAGCGAGCCCUCCGGAACUCAUCCAGAGCAUAUUUAACCUGCCCUCCCUCGCCCACCUGCAAGGACACAUGUGUGUGCUGCCAGAACUAGACAACCCGUUGUCCAAAAAGGUCCGAUCCAUCAUCAGCAGCCUGCUUGAAAAGAGGCCGAACUCUAUGAAGCUCCAAAUCGUGAGGCAGAAGGACAAACCAGAGAUGCUGUUCCGUCAGUUCCUGGUGGAGGAUAAAGGCCUGCACGGUGGCGCUUCCUACAUGGACUUCCUUUGCUACGUUCACCGAGAGAUCAGGCAGCUCCUCACUUAACCCCCCCAAUCACUUGGCCUCAGUGUGCCCGCCAUCACUGGCCUGGGAGAAACACGCCAUCUAAUGGACCACGCACAAACCUCGCAGGGUCAGUCUCAGUCGGCUCCAUUUGAAUCUUAAGGACGGUCCACAGAAAGACACUUAUUAGGUGUAUCACAAAGACAGAGGAAGAAACCAGGAAACAAGAGGAGCCUUCUGAGAUCUGAGAAUCCAAAGCUGCCUUUCCAAAAUGCUUCUGUCACCCUUUAAUGUGUACACACAGUAUGAUCUUCAAAUAACCACUUGUCACUUUAGGAACUUGUAAGUAAAACAUGGACAACACAGCCAGCAUUUCCCGCACAGGUGCUCUGUGUGAUGGACCGCAGAGACUGGAGUGACAUCAGUGUCUGAGGCUGAAAGGUAUUUUGGCAUUAAGCCCAUGGGCAUAAGCAAUACAUAUAUCUCCACGGUGCAGUCAAUUUAGAUUUACAUUUCAAUUUGUAGAUUUCCAAGAACAAGACAAGGGGUUAUUUGUGGGCAAUACUGUCGACGUUCACUCUGAAACUCAAUAAAGUUCGCCAGUCUUUGCUAUAAACGACUUUUUCCCACGAAGACUGAAAACGUAACAAGUCUCAGCAACUCAUCUUAAAAUCUUAAGUUUCUUUUUUAAACAGUAAAUGCUCAAAUACAUUUUGAAUAUUUAAACGACUUUUAGAGGCUUCUACGUUUUAUCACACUUGUGCUGCCCGAGUGGAAAAUGUACUUAAGUAAACAUACACACAUUUAGCGUAUCCACGGUACCAGGUUAUUCAUAAUUUAGCAGAAACAAUGCUGCUGCUGCUGCCAGGACUGAAAAUUAUCCCUGUCAUUACACCAUGAGGGAAACAAAGCAGUCGGUUCACACCAAAAAAAAAACAAAAAAAACCAACAGAUUCUUUCACCAUUUAUAGCAGAGACUUGAUCUUCGCAGCGUGCGGUGACGCAGAAAACGUUUUGUUUUGGUGUUCUGAGAUUACAAUGAAAUGAACACAGCUGUUGCUCUACAUGAGGAGCAAACUCGUGUCUGGAUGAAAAAUGAGAUUUAUUCAACACUGCACGAGUCAGAAUUUGGACUAAAAAAGGGAUGGUGAAGGGAAUGGACUGGUGAUGGUGCCGAGAGGCAUCAAAGGGAGCAAAUAGAGACCAAAUAUCAAGCCUUUCACUAAAACUGUCGCACAACAAUCAAUAACAACGCCAUAUUAUUAUGAACAAGGUGCCAGCUGACAAAUCUGACCUGUGCCAAAAGUGUCAGGACAAUAAAAUCAUCAGUUACUAUUGGACCAUCUGAAUUUUGUCAACAGAUUGUGUAAAAAAAAAAGCUCACUGUCACGCUAAUAAUCUGCAAGGUGAUGUAACUUUUCAGUCCUGGUUUCAGCACAGCAAAAGCUGUAUCAUGUUGCUUAUUUUUAUCGAGGUAAUUGCCUCUGUGUAAUUCACGUAUGCAUUGAUAAAUAUUUUUGUGUAUGUGUGGCCUACACAAAGUCUUUUUGUACAUGAAAUACACAGCUUGUGUUUUCAAAAUAUGACCAUCUGCCUUAAGUUGAUAUAAUAGUUGUUAUAUGUCAAGUAUAUAUGUCAAGUAUGUGUCCUCGAGGUCUAUGGCUGACUUUUAUCUUUUUUGGUUUGUAUGCAAACUUAUCUCAGGUAAUUUGAGUACCUUACUAUUUUAAGUUGGAAGGAGUGAUUUCAAGUGAACUGGAAAUAUGGACGGUUGUUUCUUGAGCUGACUCGUGGACAGUCUUGGCGUGCCAUGUAUAUUUUAUUCCAAACCCUCAACAAAUUAAAUUCUUGACAUAA